UUUCUUCUUGUUCAUUCACCCACACCCUCAUACAUACACUCACGAAUCAUCAUGUCUUCUAUCCUUACUACAUCCAACGGCAACCCCGUUGAGGACAACCAGAACUCCAUCACUGCUGGUCAAUUCGGCCCAAUUCUUCUCCAGGAUUUCGCUCUUAUUGACAAGUUGUCCCACUUUGACCGUGAGCGUAUUCCCGAGCGUGUUGUCCACGCCAAGGGUGCUGGUGCCCAUGGUUACUUCGAGGUUACUCACGACAUCACCAAGUAUACCAAGGCCAAGUUCUUGAACCGCAUCGGCAAGCGCACCCCUCUCUUCACUCGCUUCUCUACUGUCGGAGGUGAGAAGGGUUCUGCUGAUACGGCUCGUGACCCUCGUGGUUUCGCCGUCAAGUUCUAUACCGAGGAGGGUAACUGGGAUAUGGUCGGAAACAACACCCCCGUCUUCUUCAUUCGUGACCCCAUCAAGUUCCCUGAUUUCAUCCACACCCAGAAGCGUAACCCCCAGACUAACUGCGGAGAUCCUGAUGCCUUCUGGGACUUCAUCUCACUCGUCCCCGAGACUCUUCACCAGGUCACCAUUCUCUUCUCCAACCGCGGUACCCCUGAUGGCUACCGCCACAUGCACGGCUUCUCUUCUCACACCUUGAAGCUUGUUAACGAGGCUGGUGAGGCUCACUUUGUCAAGUGGCACUUCAAGUGCGACCAGGGUAUCAAGAACCUCAAGGCCUCUGAGGCUGCCAAGCUUGCCUCUGAGGCCCCUGACUAUGCCACUGCCGAUCUCUUCAACGCCAUUGCCAAGGGUGACUUCCCUUCAUGGACUGUUCAUAUCCAGGUCAUGACUGUGAAGGAGGCUGCCACUUACCGCUGGAACCCCUUCGAUGUCACCAAGGUCUGGUCUCAGAAGGAUUAUCCCUUGAUCCCCGUUGGAAAGAUGGUUCUCAACCGCAACCCCGACAAUUACUUUGCCGAGGUUGAGCAAGCUGCCUUCUCGCCCUCGCACAUGGUUCCCGGUAUUGAGGCCUCGACCGACCGUAUGUUGCAGGGUCGUCUCUUCUCUUACCCCGAUACCCAUCGCCACCGUCUCGGCACCAACUACCAGCAGAUCCCCAUUAACGUUGCUUACAAUGCUCGCAUUAACAACCAGCAGCGUGAUGGCUUCAUGGCCGUCAACGGCAACGGUGGCGCUGCCCCCAACUAUGAGCCCAACUCCUUCGGAGGUGCCAAGCAGAGCGGUGUCGCAAACACCUACUCUAGCUUCGAGGUUAACGCUAUUGCUGCCCGCCAUUAUAUCCAGCUCUCAGAUGAGGACUUUGUCCAGCCUGGUGACUUGUACCGUCUUUUGAGCGCCGAGGAGAAGUCUGACUUGGUUGACAACAUGGCCGGUCACUUGAAGAAUGCCAAGCCCUUCCUUCAGGAACGCCAAGUUCAACAUAUUAAGCGUGCCGAUAAGGAGUGGGGUGCUCGUGUUGAAGCCAAGCUUAAGGCUCUUCAGUCCAAGGCUUAAAUAUCCUAUUGUUUAUUGCUUUUUUUUUUUUUACCUCUUUG